AUGGCAGCAGCGGCGUCCCUCUCACCCACUUUCGUCGGCCAUAUCGCAUCUACGCAGGACGCUCUCAUCCUUUUCGAAGCCUGCCUCAAUGGAACGCUUAAUCAUGUAGCGCGGCGACCACACGACCGGGAACGAUCAAGCUUAAUCAAAAGCGGAAAUGUCUUCAUCUACGAAGAGCAUUCUUCAGGAAUCAAACGUUGGACGGACGGCGUUCCAUGGAGCCCGAGUCGCAUUUUGGGAAAUUUUCUUGUUUACCGCGAACUUGAACGUCCAUUUCCACCUGGAGAAAAGAAACGAGCCAUGAAGCGCAGCAAGCGGUCGCCAGGUAUAAGCAAAGCUCAAGAAUUAUUCGGGACAUCUGGCUCUGGAAUUGGAAGCAACUACAAUACCUCCAGCAUCUCGUCAUACCUCGACUCUUCCAACAACUCCCUGAGCAAAGAGACAGAACGAUCUUUGAUCGGAUCCCUUGUUGACUCCUAUGGUUUCAAGGAUGAAGGUCUUGUUAAGAAAACCGUUAGUGUCACUGUCAGAGGUGUCUCUCAUCAUCUGGUUUCAUAUUACACUGUAGCGGAUGUUAUGAACAACAAAUUUUCCACUCCCUCCAAGGACGCAAGAUUUCAGCAUAUUACUCCUCGUAAUGACUUGAUCACCAAGCAGAAUUUCCGAACACCUAUUGAUGAGGUAGACUCCAUGGACUCGACAGAUCGCGCCAUGUACAGUACAUAUUCCGGCAACUUCCCCCGGACCGGUUAUGAAAUGACCAACCAAAGCCUCGCAAACCGGCCGAUGUCGCUACCGAUGCCACCAGUACAAUAUGCACCUAGCAACGUGUAUGGCAGCUAUACCAUGAGUACUCCCUCGUGUCAGGACGGGUUACCAUCAAGCUAUCCGCUAGGCAGCUACACUAACCAGUUUGCAUCAUCUCCUGGCGUGUACAACACAUCCAAGGCCGAGCCCUAUGAAGUUGAAGGUGGUUAUGGUAGGCAGCGUUUCAAUUCAGUUGUCAGUCUGCCAUCAGAACAUAGUCGAACCCAUGGCCCGCCACCCGUCAGCACAAAUUUUGAUCGUCGAGGGUCACUCUUCGAUCAUAGCACUGAAUCUAGUCUAUCUGGUAUCUCAACAACGUCGAUCGAUUCCAAAAUGAGCGGCGAUUCCGGAUAUGCCUCGCAGAGCUACUAUGGCCAUAACUACAAAGAAAAUAGCCAACCACAUCAUAGUUACCAUGGAGAGCGAUCGCUUCCAGCGCCUCCUCCUCAAGCACCCACACCACAUCCAUUCUUAUGCACAGAGAAUUCCGGAACGGAAAAAGGUAUAUGGAGCAUGCCUGGAAAUUCUGGUGGUGGACAUGGCCAUUACGUUGCAUCGCACCAACAACAGUGGGCAAGCACGGGAUCAUCAUGA